AUGACAACCUUCCACCCAUAUGGACAAGAUGUCAGGGUGGUGAGUGACCUUUCUAGGUUUGAAUACGCUACUCCCACGCCACGAAAUCGAUCCAGAAACCCUACCCCUACUUCAAUUGAGGAACAUGAUCAUAUGAGCAACACAGAUACCAUGGAAUCGUUUGUUAGGAAAGAUACCCUUCAUAGACAGCCCACAAUGAUCGAAAUUGCAGAGAGGCAUAAUAAAGAAGAUGAGAAAAAUGCUAUAUACGAUUUCUAUAUGGACCGCUCGAGCGAGCGCUUGACGGCUGAUGAACCACAGCAAUCUUAUCGACAUCCUCAGGCCCCUCCCCAAAACCAAUAUCCUCCUCCAUCACACACUACUCCCUACACGAACCCACGCACUCCAUUACAUCAGAUGACGCAACAGCCUGAUGACAGUCGACCUUCCUUUGCACCUUACCCCGAAUCUGUUCAAGCUGCUCCAUCCCAGCAAGCUCCACCGAUCCCUGGAAAUCCCUCGUACCAACAUAUUCCUCCCAACUCCAGACCAAGUACUGUACCUCCCCAAGGCCCUCCACCGGUGCCUUUGCCCAAAGAUCUCAAGUACGAUUAUAGGGCGUCCCACGCUACUGCCAAUACAGGCGUCACCACUCUCCAUGAAAAUGAUCUACCCCCAUUGCAGCAACCGGGUCAAUUCUAUCCGCCAAUACCUCCAAUGGAUGCUGCAGGACAAGCAGAUGCUCAAAGUAUAUACUCACGUAAAAAAGACCUAGAAAUCAAGCUCAUGAAAUCCGUUAUGGGAAGACCCAUAUUUGCCGUUCCAACUAAGAAAUUUGUGGGGUUCAACAAAUAUGAGCAAGGUGAGUUUACUAUCAGUUUGAAUUUCAUCUUGUACCUUUUUGAAAUCGUAUUCUCUAUAGCAGUCCUUUCUCUUUGUGGGGUGAUCCUUAAUCAAAAGCUAGUAAAAUACCUGGGGAUAUAUAAGUUUUUCAUUGCAGAUGGGUCUGUUACAUUGUUCGUAUCGAUUUUGUUCGCUACAAAUAUCAUCAACUAUGAAAAGAGAAACGGGGGAUUUUAUUGUCUCUUGGCAUUCAUUUUCAGCUUGAUUUCCUUUAUAAUGGAUGUAUCGACGAUCAUCCAGGACGACUCAUGCUCCUCUGCCAGUUUUUGCAGAAUCAGAAAGGCCAUCAGUGCCUUCAUUAUCAUUACUACUUUUGUCUGGUUUUCCAACUUAGUUAUGUUUAUGACAACAUAUUACAUUUCCAGAUUGAAUUUAUUGGGCGAUAUCAAUUUUGAUUUCAGUGAUAGAGGUUUGAAUCACCAAUACGUACAAGAAUUCCCGGAACCUGAACCUGCUGUCUCCCAGUAUCAGCUAGAGCAAGAAUUAGAAAAGCAAAGGCAAGAGUUUUUACAAAGGGAAGAAUCCAUGAGAAGAUCUAUUCAGAGGGAGGAAUCCAUGAGAAGGUCUGCUCAGCUACAGCCCGACGGUUCUUAUAUGAUGAGGCGAUCCACCCCGUACGGAAAUGAAUCUGUUUGGGGUCCCUCUACAACCCAUAGUGCAGCACACAUUCCACAGCCACCUCCUCAACCUCAACCUCAGCCAGUACAGCCUCCUAUAAUUCCUCAACAACCACCAAGAUCCCAAACUCCUUACACUGAGCUAGAUGUUUCUAAACCCAUUAUCGAUCCACAUACUGGGAUUGCAGUUAAGGAAUUUCUUCUAAAUGAACGAGGUGAGUUGUUUGAAAUUGACAACAGAAAUCAAGUGAGAGGAAGGAAGAUGAUGGUUGUCUACACCCUGUAA